AUGCGGCUCCAAGCGGCGCUUUUUAUCGCCGCGUGCUUGUCGCCCGCGGCGGCCAUCUAUUCCGAUGAGGUCAAUCACAUUGACUUCCACCAUGCCCUCCUCGGCGCCCCCUCCCCCGACUCGACCUUCUUCCUGAAGCCUUCCUCCGCAUCGAACGCAUCCCUCCUCUACACCAUCUCCGAGAAGUCGAUUAUCGGUGCGGUGAACCCUCGCGAUGGAUCUCUGAUCUGGCGUCAGGAUAUCUCGCGCCCGGGGUCUGCCACCAGCGGCGCAGGUAUCCUGCGUGGCCUGGAUGGCAACAACGCUGUUGUCGGCGCUGCUGGUGACUCCAUCUCAUCAUGGAGCGCCCAGGACGGCAAAUUGAUUUGGGAAAAUCAGUUUGCCGAUGGUGCGGUGGCAGAUCUCGAGCUGCUGGAGCAGGAGGAUGCUAGUGCUACCUCUGCUUCGAGGGAUACCAUUGCGCUCACAUCCGGCGAGGGUGCUGGAAUUGUGAGGCGAUUGGAUGGUGAAUCUGGAAAGACCAAAUGGGAAUACAAGGAUAACACUGGUGAUGUUGCAUUCCAGGUGUCCUCUUCGCCGGCGGAGAUCUUCUACAUCUCGCUCCAGUCAGCGAUGCUGAAGGGCUACAGAAUCAAGGUUACCUCACUAGACCCUAUUACAGGCCGCCAGGCUCGCCAGGUCGUCUUGAACUCCGAGAACGAUAUCGCCGCCCAGGACUCCAUUCUCUACGUGGGCGCUAAUACCGCGUCUCCCUUGAUCGUCUGGGCUGACAAGUCGCUCAAGUCCCUCAAGGUCAACGUUAUCGGUACCAAGCAGAUCAACACCAUUGCCAUCGAUAACACCUCUGGCCAGGAAGUCCAGCAGAUCACUGUCCAUGCCCCGCACAAGCUCAACUCGCUCCCCCACUUCCUCGUGCACUACAAGACUGAGACUGGAGCUUGGGCGGAGGUCUUCCAUGUGGAUCUAAAGUCCUCCGUGGUCACCAAGGCCUACCAGCUGCCCUACUUGCAAGGUCAGUCCGUGGUGGCGACCAACAACAUUGACGCCAAUGUGUACUUCACUCGGGUGACGGACGCGGAGGCCAUUGUCGUCUCCUCUGCAUCACACGGAAUUCUGGGUCGCUGGAACGCAGACGUGUCCUCCACCGACCGUGCGAUCCAUGCCGUUGCAGACGUUGUGACCAAGGGCAAGUCUGUUGCUGUCCGGUCUGCUAUCAUUCGCGACUCCGGAGAUUGGUCGUUGAUCCGCAAUGGCCAGACCGAGUGGACCCGCCCCGAGGCCCUGAUCUACACGGUGGCUGCUGCUUGGGUGGAAGAAGAGGACCAGGAGGACCUCGUCCAUGAAUUGGAGGUUGAGGGCCACGAGAGCCUGAUUGGUGCCUACAUUCAUCGUGUGAAGCGCCACCUCCGGGAUCUCCAGUACCUGCCCGAUUGGCUCAAGGAACUGCCUAAACGUAUUGUUACCAGUAUUCUGACCGACGAGGUCUCCAACCUGGAUAGCUUCGGCGUUGCCAAGUCGAUCAUUGUGGCCACCGAGAAAGGACGUGUCUAUGCCCUGGAUACCGGUCGCCAGGGUACCAUCAAGUGGAGUGCGGAGGUGGAGAAGACCUCGCACUGGGAUAUCAAGGCUAUCUUGACCGUCCCUGGAUCCGCAGAAAUCUACAUCGGCGAUGGAAGCUCUGUCCGUGUCAACAGUUCUACGGGAGAUAUUAUCUCGCGUUCUGCACCCACCAACGUAAACCUCCAGUCGAUUGCCACCUUUGAGCAACAAGUGGGCUCGUCGGUGAUCCGGAUGGGCUCCCUGGGCAUCCAAGAGGACGGCUCUCCAGUCGCUCCAUUCGAUGAUAUCACUGGCUUCUUGGUUACCACCAGCAAUGACGGCCGUGUUCUCGGCUGGGUUGAAAAGGACAACAAGUCUCCCGUGUGGGAAUUUGUUCCCCCCACCGGUCAAAAGGUCAUCAAGGCCGUGGGUCGCCCUUCGCAUGACCCCGUUGCCUCCAUCGGAAAGGUGCUUGGUGACCGCUCCGUUCUGUACAAGUAUCUCAACCCGAACCUGGUGCUGGUGACUGCUGUGAAUGAGCAGGAUCACACCGCUGGUUUCUAUCUGCUUGAUGGCGUCUCGGGCAAGGUCUUGUACUCUGUUAGCCGAACCGGUGUUGACCCAACCCAGCCCAUUGCUUCCGCUAUCUCCGAGAACUGGUUCGCCUAUUCGUUCUUUGGAGAUGCUGUCGACGAGUCCUCCGCCAAGGGCUACCAGCUUGUAGUGUCUGAGCUCUACGAAUCCCCUAUUGUGAAUGACCGUGGCCCCUUGGAUGCGGCUGGAAACUACUCCAGUCUCCACAGCGACCGCGGUGACAGCCUCCCGCUUCCCCACGUUGUUACCCAGUCCUUCGUCAUUGCCGAGCCUAUCUCCCACAUGGCUGUCACUCAGACUCGCCAGGGCAUCACUACUCGCCAGCUUCUUUGUGUUCUUCCAUCCUCCAAUGCCAUCGUUGGUAUUCCCCGACCUGUCCUGGAUCCUCGUCGCCCCGUUGACCGGGACCCUACCUCCGCCGAGGCGGAAGAAGGCCUGUUCCGCUACGCCCCGUAUCUGGAUUUCGAUGGCAAGUGGUACCUCACUCACUCCCGCGAUGUCGCCGGCAUCAAGACUGUCCUCUCUCGCCCGACUCUGCUGGAGAGUACUAGUCUGAUCUUUGCAUUUGGAGGGGAUAUCUAUGGCACUCGCGCCACGCCCAGUCAAGCCUUUGACAUUCUUGGCAAGAGCUUCUCCAAGUUGCAGCUUGUCUUGACAGUGGUUGCUUUGGCCGCUGGUGUCACGUUCUUGGCCCCCAUGGCCCGGAAGAAGCAGGUCAACAUGCUGUGGAAGGCUACUUAG